GUUGCAAGCGGACGUGUUGCGCGCGGUCGAAUUUUCUGUUGCGUUUUCCUCGCUCUUCUCAACAAGUCGAAGUCGGGAUAUUACUAUUUUGCUCAUUGUAGCAUUUCAAACGCAUACGUAUUUUUCGGUUUUAUUCAAUGUUGAAUAGAAACGCAAAAGUGGUGUACGCACAUGCAAUAAUUGUAUGCGAAUGUGGUGCUUAAAACAACAGUAAAGUGAUGUUAAACGCAUUUAUCAAUCAAAAACAACGAAAAAAAUCUUAUGCUAAUCGCUCACAACUUAGUUUAGCAGUUUAGUGUAGCGGCGUAGCGGCAGAACAACGAAAUCGGUUUAUUUUCCAUUUACAAUUCUUAUCUAAAUGCAACACUGCGAGCCAGCAGCACAAACAACAAGAUGCUGUUAAAAAAGAAGCGCUAUAUGUGCGAAGAGCAGGACGACGCUAUUGACAUCGUUGCUGUUGCGGACCCAGCAAGCAACAGCAACAACAGAAACACCAACGCGAACAACAACAGCAGCAGUAGUUAUGGAUCCAACAUGGCUGAAACACGCGAAGUCCGAAUUGAAGAGCAAUUAAAAGUGAAGAUUGGCGAAGCAAAAAACCUUAGCAGUCGGAAUGCGGCAAACACAAGCUGCAGCACACAGGGCACCAGAGAUGUCUACUGCACAAUCGCAUUGGACCAGGAGGAGAUAUGCCGCACCCCCAUCAGCGAACGCACUCUCUCGCCAUUCUUUGGCGAGGAGUAUCAGUUUAAAAUACCGCGUCGUUUUCGUUACCUCACCGUGUAUGUGUGGGAUCGUGAUAUGAAGCAGGACAAACCCAUUGGCAAGAUUGCGAUCAAACGCGAGGAAUUGCACAAAUACAAUCACAAGGAUCACUGGUUCUCGCUGCGACCCGUCGACUCCGAUUCCGAAGUACAAGGCAUGGCGCACAUUGAGGUCACCUUCGAGGAAGUGACUUCGCAGCAGCUCACGGAGAGCAUAGAGCUAGUGCAGCACACGAUGCCACAUCAUCAGCGGGCGCACAACAAUGACUACAAGGAGAACAACGAACUGAGCAACAUUCAACGAGCUGCCGCCGCAGCAGCUGCAGCUGCCGCCGCAAGUGGCAACAAUACGACGGCGGCCAUGACACUCAAAACACGAGCGGCGGGUCUCUUUGGGCACGUACAACAUCCGCAACACCAGCAUCUUCAAAUCCAGCAACAACAACUGGCCACAUCCUCCAGCGAUCAGUUAGCCAAUUGGAAGAACUCGCAUGCUCGCAAUGUGCGUGUGGCUAUUCGAGUGCCCGCCUGUGUUGAUCUCGCCAAGAAGCAAGGGACGUGCGAUCCCUUUGUCAUCUGCACCGCCUAUUACAGCAACAAGCAAACGAGAACGCUGCGCACCAAGCUGCGCAAGAAGACUGUCGACCCCGAGUUCGAUGAAGUCAUGUACUUUGAUCUCUCCAUCGAUGCGGACGCCAGCAACACGGGCACCACCAACAGCAACAAAUCUGCCACUUCUGUCGAGUCGUCGGCGAAUAAGGCGUACUCGAUUUACCCAUUGGGCGGUGCUGAUCUCAGCGAGAUUGCGGUGGCGUUGUGGCACGACGCACACGGCGCCAUGGCGGACAAAGUGUUUCUGGGCGAGGUGCGUCUGCCCAUGCUCAACAAACAGCAGCAGCAGGCGGUGCAGCCAGCUGCUUGGUAUUACCUGCAACCACGCACCGCAUCGCCCAGUUGCCGUUCCCUCAAUGCAACGCCCCGCUCUUGUGCCACGCCUCCCGGGACACGCCUCAGCGUCGACUCGACCAUUGGCUCGUUGCGUCUGAAUCUGAACUACACCGCCGAUCACGUAUUCCCGCUGGCCACCUACGAUGACCUGCUGAAUCUGCUCCUGGAAUCUGUGGAUCAGCGACCUAUUACGCUCUCCUCUGUCUACAUCUUGGGUGAACUGGUGUCCGGCAAAACAGAAGUGGCCCAGCCGCUGGUUCGACUCUUCACGCACACAGAACGCAUUGCGCCCAUCAUUAAAGCUCUGGCCGAUCACGAAAUUUCGAAUCUGACUGAUCCCACAACCAUUUUUCGUGGCAAUACACUUGUUUCCAAGAUGAUGGAUGAGGCGAUGCGAUUGUCGGGUCUGCACUAUCUGCAUCAGACAUUACGCCCUGUGCUUUCGCAAAUUGUUGCCGAGAAGAAGCCCUGCGAAAUUGAUCCCAGCAAGGUUAAGGAUCGCUCCGCUGUCGAUACGAAUCUGCACAAUCUCAAAGAUUAUGUGGAGCGUGUGUUCGAGGCAAUCACCAAGAGUGCGGAGCGUUGUCCCAAGGUUCUCUGUCAGAUCUUCCACGAUCUGCGCGAGUGUGCGGGCAAACAUUUCCCUCGGAACCGCGAGGUGCGCUAUUCCGUUGUGUCCGGCUUCAUAUUUCUCCGUUUCUUUGCUCCUGCCAUACUGGGUCCCAAGCUCUUUGACCUGACCACAGAGCGAUUGGAUGCGCAAACGAAUCGUACGCUGACUCUCAUCUCAAAGACGAUUCAAUCACUGGGCAAUUUAGUCAGUUCGAGAUCGUCGCAGCAGCCCUGCAAGGAGGAAUACACGGGCGAGCUGUACAAAAAGUUUUGCACUGAGAAGCACAUGGAUGCUGUAAAGCACUUUCUGGAGGUCAUUUCGACGCCAAAUGCCAGUGAGACUACGACUCCCAGCAGUCAGCUGCAAUCAUUGCCACAGUUGCCACUAGAACCAGUAUUACUAAAGGAGGGCAUGAUGAACAAAUAUCCGACAAGCCGCAAACGCUUUGGACGCCAGUUUAAGCAUCGUUACUUUCGCCUGACAACGCACUCGCUAAGCUAUGCCAAGUCGAAGGGCAAACAACCCAUCUGUGAUAUACCGCUCGAGGAGAUUGGAAGCGUCGAGCAACUGAAAGAUAAAAACUUCAAAAUGCAAAACUGCUUCAAGAUUGUGUACAAAGAUCGGCCACUUAUUGUACAAACGACGAACUGCGUAGAGGAGCGCGAAUGGUUCGACCUACUGCACAAGAUCUGCCUAAUGAAUUCCAUCCGCAUGCAAUACUUUCAUCCAUCGGCCUUCAUCAGCGGCUAUUACAGUUGUUGCGGCCGCUCCGAUGAGAAUGCGCCCGGUUGCAAGAACGUCUCCGCCAAGGAGAUGGAUUACUUUCAAAUGGAUUUGGUCACAGCACUUGAUCCACCGUUAGAUUUGCAGCGCAUACACACGCUCAUCAUGUCCAAUAUGAAUCUACUGGAUGCGUUGCUCGAUCCGCUUGCCUACCAUCAACAUCUGCCCGUGCCCCAACAACAACAACAGCAGCAACAGCACAAUCCUCUGGUGCCGCUGGCGAGUGCGUUGCAACAGCAAUCGCCGCAAGCAUUCGUCGAGUUCAAGAAGACUAUCGAGAAGCUGCGAGAGAAGGCGUAUGCCAUUGACAAGGAUCAUCGCGACUACAAGCAGGGCAUCACACGUCAGCUGAAGUAUGGCAGUCGGCAGGCACCGAUCGGCGAUGACAACUACUGGCACAUGAUGCGUGCUGCCGGCCAAUUGAACUUGCAGCAUCAUCACCAGCAGCAACAACAGCUGCAGCCAGUGCUGCCCCAAAUGCAGCAUGUGCGUGCGCUGCCAGCAACGACCAACAGCAGCAUCAAUAGCAACAUGAAUGUGAACGCUUACUUUAUGCAGAAUCUCCAGCAUCAACAGCAGCGUCUGCAACUGCAACAACAGCAACAUCACCAUCUCCAGCAGCAGCAACAACUUCAACAGCAACAGUAUCAACAGCAAUUGCGUCAGCGUCACAACAAUAACAAUAAUAAUAACAACAACUGCGGCAAUGCAUCAUCAUCCAGCCCCUCAUCGACCGCAUCCAGUGUGGUGGCUGCCCCACCCAAUGUUGCCACAAAUGCCCCCGCUGUGGCCACAUCUGCUGCUGUACUUUCAAAGCCGGCGCCACCGAUUUAUUAGCGGUCAAGACUAUGCGUAUUUGCCAUACCCAGAGCGAUCGUAUUGACGCGGUAAAUGCGCAUUAUCGGAGAUAAACGAAAAAUACAAAUUUUUACUGCCCCCUUCGCCCACCCCACUCACAUUCACAUAGACAUACCCUCUCUCCUGCCCACAUUCACCACUAAAAUUACUUCAAAACACUUCCAAGCAGCAGCAGCAACACCAGAGAAUGUGCUAAUGUUAAACUUAAUUUUUUUAAGUGUACAACAGCAAGCAGAAGUUGCAAAUGUGUAAAUCUAAGAUUUUUUGAAUUAACGAUUUUUAUACACAUUUAUAUACGGAGUAACAACAACAAACAACAAAAAUGCAAGAUUUAAAUGUUUAAGCCUAUUUAUUAUUUUUUUAUAUUUAAACACAUAAAUUUUCUACUUUUAUUUUGUAAAGCCGAAAAAACUGAUAACUUUGUAAGCCGCUAACAAACUUUGAAAACAAACAAACACAACUCCGAAAUUGCUAAGAUUUUUUAAAUGCCUAGCCUAAGGUCAAUCUAUAAACCUAUUAAUAUAAAUAGAAAUAUAUGUGUACACAUAAGAUUAGUAGUGAAAUGAAACGUUGUAUAUAGCGAGAAUUAUGCUUAAGCCUAAAAAUAUAUAUACUAUAUAUAUAUAUUUAUAUAUAUAUGUAUAUACAUAUAUAAAGAAAUACACAUAGAGACUACAUAUACCAGUUAUGCUAGGCGUAGACAAAUUGCAACUAUCUAAAUGUGUAGCUAGACUUAUAAGCUAAAAUAUAAGUACACAUUAAACACAUGAGAAGCAAAUAUUUCUAACAAAUUGUGAACGCUACUAUUAUACAAAAUCCAUAUGCAUAUAUACAUAUGUACUUUAACAUAUACAAACACACAUACACAUACACACACACGCAUAUAUAGUUAUAUAUAUUUAACUGUCAUACAGCUAAUGUUAUACACGCAUACUUACAUAUAUGUAUUUAAAGCUCUGGCAAACAAAACACAUACAAAAUGAAGCAUUGUUAAGAACAAAUUUACUUCCAUUUUACAUACAUAACAUACAUAUUUAUUGAAUGCAUUUAAUUUCUCAUGUUAAAUUUUAUAAAGAAAAACAAAAAACAAUCAACAAACUAGAAAAGUGAAAUUGUUAACGCAAAAUUA